UCUGUUUCCCUCCUCGCCGCGCAGCUUCGCUUCUGUCCGUCUUCCUGCGGGUUUUUCUCUGUUUUUCCUUCAGUUUCGGAGUUUCUUUGGGACCAGAACAACUCGGACGUGCAGGAUGGGUCCCGUAGAGCUGCUCCACAUGUCCGUCUUCUCCCAGAGCUUCUCUCCCUGCGGACGCUUCCUGGCGGCGGGGAACAACUACGGCGAGAUCGCCCUGUUCAGCCUGUCGGCGGCGCUGAGUCCAGAGGCCACGGCGGACAACCAGAGGCCGAUUCUGACCUUCACAGCCCACGAAGGUCCGGUCUUCAGCCUGCGGUCCUCGGACGGCGUCCUGCUGAGCGCGGGGAACGGCGAGGUCAGCGCCUGGAGCUGGACGGAGCUCAGCAAGAAGAACGUGAAGCCGCUGUGGACCAAGAGACCCAACUACAAGUUCAGCCUGGAGAUCCCGGAGAUCAACUCCAUGGUCGUCAACACAAAAGACAACAGCCUGGCCCUCGGAGGCGGAGACAACAACAUCCACAUCCUGGACCUGGAACACGGAGUCUUCAAGUCGGUCCUCCAGGGACACACUGAUUACGUCCACUGCUUGGCGAUGAGGGAGCGGGAGGCGGAGCUUCUGUCUGGAGGAGAAGACGGAGCCGUCAGGAUGUGGGACAGCAGGACGGGUCAGUGCGUUCACUGCAUCGACAUCUACAAGUACGAGAGCUGCGCUCGGCCUCAGCACGGGAAGUGGAUCAGCUGCGUGGCCACGGACUCGGACUGGAUGCUGUGCGGCGGGGGCCCGUCUCUGUCCCUGUGGCAUCUGCGCUCGCUGUCGCCGACAUCCGUGUUCCCUCUGAGCGGCUGCCAGCGCCAGGCGGCUUUCUACCAGGACAUGAUCCUGACGGUGGGCGACGGCCCCCACGUGUCCCACUGCCUGCUGGGAGGAGACAUCAAGGCCCAGAUCGUCUGCACGUCGCAGAGUCUCAACACGCUGCAGCUCAACACCAACAGCACCGAGCACCGGGUGCUGACGGCCGGCGGCAGCAGCAGCAAGAUCGACGUCUUCACCAACCUGUCGUACCGAGCCUUCUCCCUCAGCUUCUGACCCGCAGGAACCGCAGGAACCCCGGAAACCCCACAGGAACCUAAUAAAGCCAUUUUCAUAUAAA